AUGGAACGGAGGGCGCUGGUCUGGGUGGUACUGGUCGUUCUGCUAGCCCUUGCUGAGCCCAGCGCUGGCGAUGACAUUGCAGGGCGCGUUCGUCGUCAAAGUCCGUGGCUCCAGCGGUCACCGAACACGUUCGCGCUGGGCAAGAAAUUCGCGCGGAAUCGACCGACGACGCUCGCGCUGGAAACCAACACGGACUGGCCGGAGAAUUCGGUGGAGAGGGCCCGACCGGUCCAGGCGCGUCCGUUGGAAUUUUCGGCGGAAGUUGACAGUAAGCCAGCGCCAAGAUCGAGAGCCUUCUACGGUUGCAUGUCCAACUGUCUUACCCUGUCGCAGUACAAUCCGGUGUGUGGAACGGAUCACACCACCUACCAUAAUCAGUACAAACUGGAGUGCGCCAAUCGGUGUGGAGCCAAGCCAAGAGUUACCGUGAAAAAGUCGGGCAUCUGCUGA